UUCUAUUUUUUUGUACGAACACUUGGUAGAAUCCGAGGAGUCACAUAGGAGCGCCUCAUCUUUCUUCCUCAGCAUUUGUUAUCCUCCCCUCCCCCCUCCUUCAACAUCAUCAUCAUCGUCUCAGAAAUCCGAGUUCGUCCAACACUCCUCAUGUUUCUGUGAGCCGGAACGAUGGGACUCGGAUCGUCCAGCAGAUCCACUGACCAUCAACACAACGAAGAGGUCAACUUCGACCACUUCCAGAUACUCAGAGCUAUAGGAAAGGGCAGCUUUGGAAAGGUGUGUAUCGUGCAGAAGAAGGACACUAAGAAGAUGUACGCCAUGAAGUACAUGAACAAGCUCAAGUGCGUGGAACGGAAUGAAGUACGCAAUGUCUUCAAAGAGCUUCAGAUCAUGCAGAACCUGGAGCACCCAUUCCUGGUGAACUUCUGGUACUCGUUUCAGGAUGAAGAGGACAUGUUCAUGGUGGUUGAUCUUCUUUUAGGAGGAGACCUGCGCUAUCAUCUUCAACAGAAUGUACAUUUUUCCGAGAGUACUGUGAAACUCUACCUCUGUGAACUGGCCUUGGCACUGAAUUACCUGCGCAACAAACGCAUCAUUCACAGAGACAUCAAGCCUGACAACAUCUUACUGGAUGAACACGGUCACGCUCAUCUGACUGACUUCAACAUUGCAGCUAUCGUCAAAGAUGAUUUAAAAGCCACAUCCAUCGCUGGGACAAAGCCAUACAUGGCUCCGGAGCUUUUCCAGACGUCCGAGGGAACACAUCCAGGUUACUCGUUUGCAGUGGACUGGUGGUCUCUGGGCAUUACAGCCUAUGAGCUGCUGCGUGGACAGAGGCCGUAUAUAAUGCGCUCCAGCACGCCCACCUCAGAGAUCCUGCAGUCCUUCCAUAAAGUCCAUCCCUGCUACCCAGCCGCUUGGUCAGUUGAGAUCAAGUCUCUUUUGAGGAAGCUGCUGUGUGUCGAUACACAGAAACGUCUCUCGUCUCUCUCUGAGCUGAAGGACACUGAGUGUCUCUCCCACGUCAACUGGGACGCUGUGCUGAGUAAAGACGUCCCACCGGGCUUCAUCCCUAACAGACGGAGACUAAACUGCGACCCCACGUUUGAGCUGGAAGAGAUGAUCCUGGAGUCGAAGCCACUGCACAAGAAGAAGAAGAGGUUAGCGAGGAAGACGAGGGAUCAGGGCUCUGACGGAUCUCCGCAGAACGGUCAUCUGCAGCAGCGCCUCGACUGCGUACAACGAGACUUCCUCAUCUUCAACAGAGAGAAGUUGACAAAGACCAAAGCAGACACGGAGUCCAGCAACAUGAACCUGAAAGAGGAGAACCGAGCUCUCGAGGACGGACAGAACAACAACGUCACCAGUGCAGCAGCAAGUUCAUCGAGUUAGAGCUUUAAAUUGUUCAAUAAAAAAACCUUCGAAAGAAAGGAAGCUGAAAAACUCAAUCAGCUGAGGGAGAGAGCGAGCACCAGAGCAGCCAGUGGAGAAUGUUUUUACCUACAGGAAAACACUACGCUGAGUCCGGUUCUCUUAUAAAUAAGGAACCGCUGACCUUAAGAUCAGCUCAGAGAUGCAGAGGGCAGUAAAGAAAAGAGUGCAGCUUAGAAAUCAUCCCUCCUGCUUAGCUUUUUUUUAUCUGCUUAUUUUCAUUCAAACUGGUGUGCACUCUUGUAACUGUAGAUGAAGAAGAUGAUUGCAUAGGUAACCUGUGGUUAAGAGUAGGGUGAGGGGCGGAGUCAGCUGAAACUUCAUUCGAACACAUAUCGUACACGGAUGUAGCUUUUGCAAGAGACUGAGGUCUAAAGAAACCCAGUGAGACCCAGCUGAGAGGUUUGUGUAUUUUCGUCUCCUGUAAAUUCCUGAGUUUUUUUGUGUUUCUGUGUCUUUCUAUCCUGAACAGUGGCCUUACACUUCGCGCUUCACAAGUCGGGUCUGAAAGUCUGCAUGCUUCAGCAGCUGCUUUCAUUUCAUCAGAGCUCUAACACUAACACAGCUUUAGAUGAAUUCAGUAAUAUUUAAUAUCCAUCUUCCAGAAACAUCUGAUACUGUGUACUGUCUGUCUAUCGUUUGAUGUUCUUCUGGACACUUCACAUAAUCCAGACACGUCUGUAUAUCAGCAUUUUAUCCAGAAUGACAGAGUAAGUCGGUAAAAUAGGUGUGUGUGUGUGUGUGUAAAAAGGUGGUUUAUUGUUUGAUUUCUGAUAAAAUAAAGACAUUUCUUGCUGAUGCAUGUAGACUUUUAGCCCUGAUGUGUAUUUGCCUUACCUCAAUUCCAGAUGCACUUUAGAGAAGAGCUUUAGCUUCAUGAAUCUGUUGCUUCUUGCUAAUCGCCACCCUGCCUUCUAGUACCGGUUUUAACACACCUUCAACACACAAGGAGUGUGUAUGAGCAGGAACAUCUUCCAGUUCAGCAGUGAGAUUGACGUAGCUGAAGAGACUUACCUGCUCUGUACUCAUCAGUAAAAUGCACUCCUAAUGAAAUAUCAGCCUGAUACCUUCAAUAAGUUUAGUAUGAAGGACAGCUUGUAAUAUGUCUACAAGGGGAAGUGGAUAAGGGUGUGUUAGACAGCGUAUUGGAAUGCAGCUCGCAGCGUAACCAGCGGAUUUGUGUAUGUAAUGUUACAUGCACUCAGAGCUUUUCAUUUCAGGAAGCACAACAAAGGGAAAAUUCACUGAGCGCUUUGUUUCCUUUUACUGAAACUCCCUCACUUCAUUACUGUGAUGUGUUUGUGUUUGUCAGGUAUUUAAAGUGAGUGAGAAGAAGAGUGUACACGCGUUACACCCUUAGCUAUGGAUGAGAAUGUCUGAGUUUUGGCAUAGAACAUUUCUAAAAAAAAAUUUAAUAAAAUUUUUUGACAAAUCA